AAAGAGGAAAUGAAGAAUCCAAAAAAUUAACCUCUCCCCUUUUCAUCUUUUAUUUGUUCCUGCCUUUCAAAUCACAAAUAGCUUUCUCCUCUUCAAGGCAAAGAGAUCAAGAGGAAAAGAACCUACCAGAAAAUAAAAAUGGCUUGUUUUAGGCUAAGAAAGUCCAGAAACACCUCUACCAUGAAGGCUACUUCAUCAGACGCUACUCUUACAUCGCACCAAGAAAACCCAGAACCCAAAAAUCUCAAACAAGAAGUUCUUUUGCAAAUCCCAGCAUGCACAGUUCAUCUGAUGGAAGGAGGAGAAGCUCUAGAACUCGCCACAGGCGAGUUCACUCUUUUUCGAAUCUUGGACGAUAAUGUUUCUCUUGCUACAAUUGUGAGAGUUGGUGAUAAUCUUCAAUGGCCUUUGACAAAAGAUGAACCGGUGGUUAAGAUUGAUGGUUUACACUAUCUAUUUUCUUUGCCAAUGAAAGAUGGUGAUCCUUUGAGCUAUGGUGUGACUUUCUGGGAGCAGUACAGUAGCAGUUUGGGUUUGCUGGAUUCGUUCCUUUCUGAACAUUCUUGCUUUUCCGGGUCUGCAACAUCAACUAGGAGUAGAAAUCUUGACUGGAAAGAGUUUGCUCCAAGUGUUGAAGAUUACAACAAUGUUUUGGCCAAGGCUAUUGCAGGAGGAACUGGUCAGCUUGUCAAGGGAAUUUUCAAAUGUAGUAAUGCAUACAGUAACCAGGUCCAUAAAGGAGGGGAAAUGAUUUUAACUCGAGCUGCAGAGGAGAAAAAUGGUGUUACAGCCAAAGAAAUUAGGAGCAGCAACACAAGUACUGGGGCCACAAAGAACACCAAAGUCAACAAAAGCUUAAAACGUGUGAGAAAGCUGUCCAAGAUGACAGAAAAGCUGAGCAAAACUAUGCUUGAUGGUGUUGGCAUUGCUACUGGUUCGGUUAUGGCGCCUUUAGUAAAAUCCCAAGCAGGGAAGGCAUUCCUAUCCAUGGUACCAGGAGAAGUCAUCUUAGCUUCACUUGAUGCUGUCAACAAGAUUCUAGAUGCAGCUGAAGCUGCUGAAAAACAAGCUCUCUCUGCAACCUCAAAGGCUACAACCAAAAUGGUCACUGAUAGGUUUGGCGAAAGUGCAGGCGAGGCUACUGAGGACGUGUUUGCUACUGCAGGGCACUGUGCUAGCACUGCUUGCAAUAUAUUCAAGAUAAGAAAGGCCAUCAAUCCAGCAUCAUCUGUCUCAUCAGGAAUGCUGAGGAAUGCAGCAAAAUAUAGAACUAGCAAGUCAUAAGCCUCAGAGUGAAUGUAUUAUGUAGAAGUUGAAAACAUCAACAAUGUUUCGAUUGAUCAUCUGAUAAUCUUAUUUACUUGUUUGAUCUGAAA